GUUAAGAAAAACAAAUGAAAAAUAAGGAAGUUAAACAACAAAUGCUAAAAGAAAAGAAUGGGUGUAACGCGUUUAAAAUGCAGUGUCUAAAAAUUCUUAUUUUUCCAUCUUGUUUUUCAUUGAACAAAGGAUCGAGUGAACAUUGUCGUGUGCAGUAAUUCUGGUGAAGACAGCGUGCAAGGCCUUAUAGGAUAUAUCAACAGGAAUAUAUCAGACGUCGUAGAGUCAGCGAGUGUGAAGUUUGAGCCGCUUCCCUACAACAUGGCAGACAUGAAGGAAUUCGAAUUAGGUGGCGUUGAUGCCUUGUUUCUGUGUCAUUCUAUGGAUAUCAGGGGACCUUAUCGCUACCCUGACGGAUCCAACUCCAUCUAUGACAAGUUCUUGUACAAGGCAAAGAGGUGCUUGGGAAAGAAGAGAGUAGCUGUCAUUGUGCACGACUACAAAGAUCUUUCGCGAGAAGCACUUGAAACGUGGAACCAAACCAACAGGUCCACAUUCAAUAAUAUGACGUCACUGAUGCUAACACUUGGUCAAUUUGCUGCAGGGGGUGGCCCGAUUCGACUGACCGCUGCACAACAGUCCGAGUUCAAUUUCUUCUUUGAAGGGGCACUUUCCAGUCGCAGAAUUGUAGGAGCAUUUUACAGGUUUCUCUAUCGCCUUAUCCGUCAGUGAACUUCGAUGAAGAUUGAGGCCCAUUACAUCAGCGUGGGACUUGUGAGGACAUUAUGAGCUGUGUCAUAAUGUUAUCUUCGACCAGCCCCCCUUUUACACCCUGUCCCGCUUGGUCGCUCCGAUCGCGAUCCUACCUAAAGUGCCCCUCCCUCCCCCAUCCUUAAUGUUAUUGCCCCCUUGUAAUUGUCUAUAACUUUGUCCAUGAGGUCAUAUAGUUAUUAUAUAGUUAUUAAAUGUACAUAGCUGGGUACCUUUAUAAGCCAUGCAGUGUAAAUAGCCUAAUUCCACUUUAUAUUGUAGUGUAUUAUACGUGAUGUUCUUUUUGGUAAGGAAUGUAUUUUUAUUUUUUUAAGGUGAGGAUGUGAAGUUCUUAAAAUAACUGGAAACGUGUCUGGAAUCCUCGCAUGGGCAGACAUUGUUGUUACAGAUCUUUUACAAAGUCAUGUACUUAAUACCCAAGAGAGUAUUCCUCUUACAAUAUUAGGAAAUCAGUAAAUUUAACUUAUUUCAGUGAUGUUUAUCAAUUUACCAUGUCAUUAAAUGGGUCUUUGUAUAUAUGUACAGUAAAGUAUGCAUGAUCUUCAUAAGCUUUUAAAGUAAGAUCAGCUUGUACAUAUACCUUUUUUUUAUAAUUUCUCACACCAUUGAUCACUCGUGGACAGUAUGGUGAUGAUAUAUUUAAUCCCAAGCACCAACGCCAAUUGGCAUCUUCAACUCAAGUGUAUAAAGUCUCAUAUUUAGAAGUCUUUUGGUGGGUAUUGUUUAUAAUAUUUCAUGUAAAAUAUCGCCUACUUGAGAUCAGAGGUAGUGGCAAACAUCAUUUUAAACACACAAUGUAGUUAAAUAUGUUGACUUGCUGUAUGUAAUAUACAAAUCGUGUGUAUUUAAAAAUGCUAUAGCAUGGAAAAGUUUGCGGAAGUCUUAUCGACACUAAAUAUGUUUGCAACUUGAUGUAUAAAUUCUGCAUUGAAUUGGUACCUUGCUCAUUGGCGGGUCAUACGGGAUCGGGGACACCCCAUCCUUUAUAAGAAAAGGGGUUACGACGAGGGGAAAAACACCAAACAGAAUCAUGUCGGAGAAAUAUUAUGUCAAUUACUAAAUAUGCAUUAAAGCUCUAUGCUGCAUUUUGAUAAAGGAUUCUGGAAAUAAUCUGUUUUCUGUAAGGAAUAUCAAUUACAACGAAACUCUUUCUGGUACUUAAAGGUUUCUUCCAUUCAGCUUCCAUAAAGGUAAUAACAACCAAAACAAAAUACCAGUCCGUAAUUCUAUAUAUUUAUAGUCGGUGUUAGUUUUUCCCAUGCACAUCAAGUGGCAAACACAUGUAAAAAACAAUGUUUAUUUGUGGUGUACAUGUAUAUAUAUAUUUAUCCGUAAUUAAAAAUGCCUUUUCACUAACACGUGAUCUCGGAUAACAUUUGGUAGUCCUAAUUUCCCCUAUGUCAAUCGGAAAGAAGAAUGUGAUGACUGAUAAGGAAUACACAUUAAAUAUUUAUUUUUGUUAAUACACAU